UGGUCUAAAUCUGCCCUAAAAGAGAAUUUUAUGGGUCAUGAUUCAUAACUCAGGCCCAAGGUUUAAAAGUCAAUAAUAAGACAACAAGAAGACAGAGCUCAGAACUCAGAACAGAAGUGCACACACAAGAACACAAGUCAACAAGAGUUACAGUUUCAGUCAUGUCUCCGAGCCUGAGUUCUACCUCAUCCAAAACACUCUGUCGCUUGCACCAUAAAUUCUCAAAAUUCAGACCUUUUUCUCUUCUGCGUUCCUUUAAUUUUUCCACUACAAGCUCAAAACUAGAUGAUACAAAGACAGCAGUCAAAAUCCACUCACAAUUCUCUGAAUUGGAGAAAAGCAUAUACACAAUUUUAACUAUAGACCGUUGGGAGUCAUUGAACCACAUGGAUUACAAGUUAGCUACUUUGAGGCAAGUUCAUGGAAGACUAGCUUUGAAAUUUCUCAACUUUGUUAUCAAGCAACCUGGUUUAGAACUCAGUCAUCUUACUCAUAUAUUUUCAAUAACGACCCAUGUGCUUGUUAGAGCUAGAAUGUAUGACUAUGCUAAAUCAAUGUUGAGGCAGUUAUGUAAAAUGGGUGUUGGCUCAAGGUCUGUUUUUGAUGCUUUGAUGGAUACUUACCCUCUUUGCAAUUCAAACCCUUCAGUUUUCGAUCUAUUAAUCAGGGUUUAUUUGAAAAAUGGAAUGAUUGAUGAUGCUUUGGAGACUUUUAAUUUGAUAUGUUUUCGAGGAUUUAAGCCGUCAGUUUAUACUUGUAAUAUGAUGUUAGGUUCAAUGGUGAAAGACAGGAGAGUUGGGUCGGUUUGGUCAUUUUUCAAGGAAUUGCUUGGUUGGAGGAUUUGUCCUAAUAUUGCUACUUUUAAUAUAUUGAUCAAUGUUUUGUGUGUCGAAGGUAAGUUCAAGAAAGCUGGUUAUUUAUUGAGAAAGAUGGAAGACAGUGGCUACGUUCCAACUAUAGUUACUUACAAUACGUUGCUUAAUUGGUUUUGCAAGAAGGGGAGAUAUAAAUUAGCCUUUGAGCUGAUUGAUCAUAUGGGGUCCAAGGGUAUUGAAGCAGAUGUAUGUACAUAUAAUAUGCUUAUUGACAAUUUGUGUAGAAAUGACAGAAGUGCAAAAGCUUACUUACUGUUAAACAAGAUGAGAAAGAGAAGGAUAUCUCCCAAUGAAGUUACCUAUAACACCCUUAUUAACGGUUUUGUUAAGGAGGGAAAGAUUGGAAUUGCUACUCGGAUUUUUGAUGAGAUGCUCAAUUUUAAUCUUUCAGCGAAUCUAGCUACUUAUAAUGCUUUGAUUGAAGGGCAUUCUCACGAGGGUAAGUUCGAAGAAGCUUUAAGACUUAUGGAUAUGAUGGAACAAGUGGAAUUACGGCCUAAUAAAGUCAGUUAUGGAGCGUUUUUAAAAGGGUUGUGCAAGCAUGCCAAAUUUGACUUAGCAAGAAGUGUUUUUGAGAGAAUGAGGACAAAUGGGAUUAGUUUUGGUUGUGUGACAUACACUGAGAUGAUCGAUGGACUAUGCAAAAAUGGGUUUCUCAAUGAAGCAAUACAGAUGCUUCAUAAGAUGUUUGAGGAAGGCGUGUCUCCUGAUAUUAUCACAUUUUCUGUGCUUAUAAAUGGAUUUUACAAGGCUGGCAAGGUAAAAAAUGCAAAGGAAGUUAUAUGUAAAAUGUAUAGAGCUGGAUUUAGACCUAACAAUGUUAUUUACUCCACAUUAAUCUACAAUUUUUGUAAGAUGGGAUGCACCACAGAAGCGUUGAAAAUCUACAGAAUUAUGAAUUGCAGUGGCCAUGCUGCUGACCAUUUUACUUGUAACAUGUUGGUUGCUUCUCUUUGUAGAGAUGGGAAAGUAAGAGAGGCUGAGGAUUUCAUGCUUCACAUGAGUAGGAUUGGUCCUAAGCCUAACUCCAUUACAUUUGAUUGUGUUAUAAGUGGCUAUGGAAAUUUGGGUGAUGGGCUGAAAGCAUUUUCUUUGUUUGAUGAGAUGGUUCAAUUAGGUAAUAAUCCCAGUUUUUUCACGUAUGGCAGCCUACUUAAAGGACUAUGCAAGGGUGGAAAUCUGGUAGAAGCAAAGACAUUUUUGAAAAAUCUGCACUCUAUUCCUUUUGCUGUAGAUAAUGUUGUCUAUAACACUAUACUUGCCGAGACUUGCAAAUCGGGGAAUAUGUGGGAAUCAGUGGUCCUUUUUAAUGAGAUGGUUCUGUUUGGUAUUCUUCCUGAUAGCUACACAUAUACCAGCCUUCUCAGUGGGUUAUGUAGAAAGGGAAAAAUUGCUGCUGCCCUUCUAUUUUUUGGGAAGCUGACGGAGAAAGGAGUUUUUUCUCCUAAUCAGGUUACAUACACCUGUUUGGUUGGUGGUCUUUUCAAGGCCGGCCAAUCAAGGGCUGGUUUUUACUUUUAUGAAGAGAUGGAGCAGAAAGUCCCAUAUAUUGAUGUUCUUGCUUUUAAUGCUGCCAUAGAUGGAACCUCAAGAAUGGGAAAAAUGGGGAAGGUAAAUAAUCUGUUUUCCUUGAUGAGAAGCAAAAGUUUAUUCCCCAAUUUGCCUACAUAUAAUAUUCUGUUGCAUGGAUAUUCUAAGCAAAAGGACAUACAAACUUGCUCUGUUCUUCUUAAAUUCAUGAUUAGUAGUGGCCUUUUGCCUGAUAGAUUAACAUCCCAUAGUCUCAUUCUUGGGCUUUGUAAGUCAGGCAUGUUGGAUGUUGGUAUUAAGAUCUUGAAAAAGAUGAUAUCUGAAGGCGUUGAAGUUGAUCGAUUUACAUUUAACAUGCUUAUUGCCAAGUGCUGUGAAAGUGGUGAGAUGGGAAAGGCCUUCAAUCUUUUUAAUGUUAUGAACUUUUUGGGAAUAUUUCCUGAUGUACAGACCCACAAUGCCAUCAUUAAUGGGCUCAACAGAAAUCUUGCUUUCCUAGAAUCUCAUAUUAUUUUGCAUGAAAUGGCUAAGAAAGGCUUCCUUCCCAAGGGUAAACAGUAUAUUACAUUGAUUAAUGCUAUGUGUAGAGUUGGGAAUAUGCAAGCUGCAUUUAAAGUGAAGGAUGAAAUGGCAUCACUUGGUGUCACUUCACGUGAUGUUGCUGAGAGUGCUAUGGUACGAGGACUCGCCCUAUGCGGGAAGGUUGAAGAGGCAAUAUUGGUUCUUGAUAGCAUGCUCCAGAUGCGACUUGUUCCAACUGUUGCUACAUUUACAACACUCAUGCACAUGUACUGCAAAGAAAGUAAAGUUGCUGAGGCUCUGAAGUUAAGGAAUAAAAUGGAACUUUCUGGUCUCAAGCUUGAUGUUGUUGGUUACAAUGUCAUCAUUUCAGGCCUUUGUGCUGAUGGGGACAUAGCUGCUGCUUUUGAACUAUAUCAAGAGAUGAAACAAAAUUGUCUGUGGCCUAAUGUCGCUACUUAUACUGUUUUAGUUGAUGCCCUACUCACUGAGGGGAGUAACCCUUCUACUUGUGAUGUGCUUUUAAAGGACUUAAAGGGGAGGGGAAUCAUAUCUUGUUAUUGGGAUGGAAGUACUGAACAGUUUCAAGAGGCAUUGAUGAUUGCAAGGAAAAUGUUGAAGUACUUGCAGCAGAAUAAGAGGAAAUGGUAUUGAAAACAAUUAGGAACGUGGUGCAAUGUGGUUGGUUCCUCAAAACAUAGACCAAUUUUCUGCAGAUCUGCUUACUGAUGAGUUUCGGAUGGAACUCUUACUACACAACCUGUCAUAACACUCUGAUUUGGUCAAAUUCAUUUUCCCCCUUUUUUGGAUAUUAUGGAACCACAGAGCACGGUUUUCAGAGGUAGACAGUGAUUUACUUCUACGUGUCAAAAUAGGCGUGCAACUGACGGUCAUACAUUAUAUAGAAGACUGACAAUUCUAAGUCAUUGAUAGUAUUGCCAACAUGAGUUGCUUUGUUUACUAUGUACUUGGCCUUGGAUGAUCACAUUGCUGCUUUGAUUAUUCUGGCUGGGUGAAGGAUACCGGGUGCAACUGCAGUAAAAGAGGCAAGGAACAAAUUCUCAGCAGCUGGUAGCCAUUUGCUUAGAAGUGUCUCGAGCUGUACAGACAUGAAUUAAAGCAAAAGUUUCGUUUUUGGAUUGUUCUGCCAUCUAUUUUCUGGAGAUGCACCCCUUGUUUAGUGUCUUAUUCAUUCAGUUCUUACCAAUAAAAUAGAUUAUAUUGGUUUAGGUUUCGUUCCCUUUCAUCAAUAGCAUUGGGAACAAAUUUAGAAGACAGAACCAUGUCAUUGCUGUAUGCUUGGAAAAGGUUAACUUCACAGCUCGUCACGAGCUGCAUACUCUUUGGGAAGAUCAUGAAUUUCAAGCGAGUGCCACACUAAUCGAGGUGGUGUACUAGAACUUCAUCUAAAUGCUUCUUACCUUGUGAUUCUUUCUUCAUCAAUAUAAUGCCAUGUCAUGUUUUUUGGGAGAACAAGGAUUCCUUAUGGCUACCAGCCGAUAAAGAUGGCGGAAAAAAAAAAACAGCUCUUUGAUGAGUGAUGAAGCUGCUCGUUUAGCGAGCCUAAUGCGUCGUGCUUGAUUAUGGAGGCAAAGUGAGUACUGUCUGAAAGUUUUGUUGUAGGGUACCCUAUUCUUUAGAUUUCCCAUGUUACAAAAUGUUGUGUACUGCUCUUUGCAUAGCAGACAGAAUCUAGCAACAUUAACUAGGAAUGUGCUCUCUGUAAUUGACUUUGUAAUAGUUUAUGUUUGCUGUAACACUUGUUGUUUUCUUGAGCCAUCCCUCAUUUCUUCAAUUUUUUUUUUUAAAUGGUAUUGCUGACACCAACUAGGUUUAAGCCUGGAAAUUCAUGAUCAUGAACAUAUUGGUAAGUAAAUGCCAUUGAAUCUGAAUGCCAUAAACCAGCUGAAGAAAAACAGGAAUAUAGUGCAAAAUCACAAGCACAAAGAUUGUAAGA